AUGACCGUGCUGUCGAGAUUGUUCCUCGAUUUGUCGCGGCGAUACGGACGUUGUUCCGUCUUCGCGCGUCGCGGAUCUUCGAAAGUUCCUCCGAUCGACGAGCGGAAGGUCCAGAGAGUCGAGAAGAGCGCGAAAGGAUCGACGAGACGGGAGAAGGAUGAGAAUACGCAAAGGGGCGAUGAGGCUAGCGAUGUAAGGGUGUGCAUCAUCGGCGGGGGAGUGACGCCUCUCUACACCGCGAUUCUCUUGAAGCAAUAUCGGAUUAUCAAGAGCAUACGCCUGGUGGACACGAGGGACUCCACGUCGGAGGCUUUGACGGACGCGUCGCACCUGGAGACCAGUCCUCGUAUAGAUUAUUUUCGGAAAAAGGAUAUAAAGCGGGCCCUGAGGGAAGCGAACAUCGUCGCGCUCAUGGACGAGACGGACGUCGGCGCAGCGGGCAACGCGGCGACCCGGGAGCAAUUCAAAUCGACGGCCGACUACGUGCGUCAGACGACAGAUCGGAUACUGCGCUUCUGCCCGGACGCCGUCGUGGCCGUGUUCGCGCGUCCCGUCACCGCCACGCUCGCCAUGGUCUCGGAGAUCUUCCGGUCCUCGGGCUGGUGGAAUCCCGACCGGAUCGUCGGCUCGACCGCGAUGUAUGGCGGACGGAUCGAGGAGGUGACGGCGGCCAUCCUCAACCUGGAGCGCGCGAGCCUCUCGGUGCCGCUGGCCGGCGGCGCCGACGCGCGAACCGUCGUGCCGUUAUUGUCGCGCACCGUUCCGUUCAACCAAUUCACGAAAGUGCAACGCAAGACUCUGCUGCAAUCGUUUCGGGCCGUUGACGAGGAGGCAGGGACAGGGCUUCCCGGCGAGGGCCCAUCGUUAUCGUCUGGAACGGCCGCUGCGAAACUGCUGAUCGACCUCGCCGCUGGUCUAACUGGACAUGAUCACGUCGUCACCUGCGCCUACGUGCGAUCAGACGUCCUACCGCUCUGCCGAUUUUUCACCAGCGAGUUGGAACUAGGCCCGGGAGGCGUCAAGCGAAACUUGGGCCUGCCAAAGAUCUCGGCUGGGGAAGUACUCCUGAUUGAGCAAGCGAUACCCCUGAUCAACGAGCACGUUGACAUGGCGAUAGCGGCGGUCCGGACGGAGAAGACGCGCGCGAGAACGCGGUGAACGACUCCCGAUUAUCUCCUCCAAUUUCGAGAAAUCUAUUUUGGUACAAUUAAUGAGAACUGCGCGAAUAUCUUGGACCAUGUUGAAAUGUGUUUUGCAAAUUUGUUGCGAUGUAUAUUUAAUUAUACUUCCGCGAUACGUUUCGUCCCGUGUAAAGUAAAACCUCGUUUUGUCAGGAUCUAUAAAUAAAUAUCGCGCGAACGAGAAAAAAUCAUAGAAUUAAGAUCAUAAAAAAGCGAAGAUGCGUUUGAGUUUUACGUCGCCAAUUAGGGAAAGGGUGGGCGAUUAAAACUGAUCUUUUUAACCCGGAAAUAGGUACCUACCUGGGAUGAUUUUUA